GAUUAUGGGACAUCAAGGUGUGCAAAGAAAGAAGAUGGUCAAAGAGACUCAGCGCGCUCAGAUGCACUUGGCGUUCAAGCGGUAGAAACAGCAGCGGGAGCGUCUCAAUGCAGGGGCAGCAAGAGCACCCCGAUGGCCACCAGCACAAGAGACUGCGCUAAGCAGACGACCAGCGCGCGCGUUCAUCUGUGCUUUUCAACCCCGAACCUCCUCUAGCGAAGAGAGAGGUGCCCAAAUCCGUUUUAGGAUAUCGCUUUUUUUUUGUCCCUCUUUCUGUCCAUUAGAUGAAGAAGAACUGAUGACGAUGUAUCGGCGAUGGUGGAUUUCCCUUUUGUGCGUCUAUGGACUGAUGUGCAUCGUUCAUUCCAGCAAUCAUAUACCUCGAAAUGGAGACGCCUUGUCGAAGGCGAAGGCUGUUCGUGAUGCGAGCAGGUUCGCCGGGAAGGAGGACACGGUCCCUCUCCGUCUGCUCUACAGCAUGCACAACCACAGUCAAGUCACCCACGAUGUCAUCAGCACCAGGACUAGAGCCAGUUCCAGCCCCGCACAGGGGAACCACGUGGCCCAAGCCAGCUUCCAGGUGGACGCGUUUGGUGAGCAGUUCAUCUUGGAUGUUGAACUGAACCAUGAUCUUCUGUCUUCAAAGUACAUGGAGAGGCAUAUUUCAGAAAAUGGGAAGGCUGUCAUAUUCAAAGGAGGAGAACAUUGUUACUACCAGGGGAUAGUGCGGGACAUCCCUGAAUCCUUCGUGGCCCUCUCCACCUGCCACGGCCUGCAUGGGAUGUUCUUUGAUGGGAAUCACACCUACAUGAUCGAGCCUGGAGGAAAGGACCGCGUCAGCGGUGAUGUCCAUAUCCACAUGAUCUAUAAAUCAGCAGGACAAGAGGCAGCAGCAUACUUCCUUCCUAUUGUUGACCUCCCAGAGCCUCCUUUCCCCAGCCCUCCAUUUCCUGGGUCAAAGGUCGUCCACAGGAGGAAGAAGAGACAGGUCCCGCGGGUUGGGGGCAGUGUGGCCGAGGAGACCAAGUACAUCGAGCUGAUGGUGAUCAACGACCAUCUGAUGUAUAAAAAGCAUCGUCUCUCUGUUGGUCAGACGAAUAACUACGCUAAGUCUGUGGUCAAUAUGGCUGAUAUGAUCUUCAAGGAGCAGCUCAACACCCGCAUCGUGCUAGUUGCCAUGGAGACGUGGGCGGCUGACAACCGGUUCAACAUCGACGACGACCCCAUGGUGACCUUGAGGGAGUUCAUGAAGUACAGACGAGACUUCAUCAAGGAGAAGUGUGACUCCGUGCAUCUUUUCUCAGGGAACCGGUUCCAUAGCAGCUGGGGAGGAGCUUCCUAUAUGGGAGGAGUCUGUUCUCUAACUAAAGGAGGAGGAGUCAACGAGUAUGGCAAGACAGAUGAGAUGGCCAUAACCCUGGCCCAGUCUCUGGGACAAAACAUUGGCAUCUUUUCUGACAAGAAGAGGAUCCUCAACGGCGAGUGCAAGUGUGAUGACCGUUGGUCUGGCUGCAUCAUGGAUGAUGUUGGCUUCUACCUGCCCAAGAGGUUCUCCAACUGCAAUGUGGAGGAGUACCACACCUUCCUCAACAGUGGUGGUGGAGCCUGUCUCUUCAACAAACCCAUAAAGCUGGUUGACCCUCCAGAGUGUGGGAAUGGUUUGGUGGAGCCAGGGGAGGAGUGUGACUGUGGUAGCCCAGCGGAGUGCGAGAGGGAGGGAGAGAAGUGCUGUCAGAAGUGUACACUCACACAAGGCUCAAAGUGUAGCGACGGACUCUGCUGUAACAACUGUCAGAUGGAGUUUAUGGGCGUGGUGUGUAGGGAGGCAGUGAAUGACUGUGAUAUUCCAGAGAACUGCACUGGUAACUCCAGCCAGUGUCCCCCGAACGUGCACAAGAUGGACGGCUACUCAUGUGAAAAGGAACAGGGUCGUUGCUUCAAUGGGAGGUGCAAGACCAAAGACAGACAGUGCAAGUACCUGUGGGGAGAGAAGGCGACCGCUGCUGAUAAGUUCUGUUAUGAGAAGUUGAAUAUCGAGGGGACAGAGAAGGGGAACUGUGGGAAGGACAAAGACACAUGGGUCCAAUGCAACAAGCAAGACGUGCAUUGUGGGUACCUGCUAUGUUCCAACAUAUCGCCGGCCCCCCGACUAGGAGAGUUGCAGGGGGGACUGACGUCCUUCUCUGUUGCACAGCACAGUGCCUCGCUGGACUGCAGUGGGGGUCAUGUGAUGAUAGACGGGGACAGUGACCUGGGCUAUGUGGAGGAUGGGACAGCCUGUGGGACAGAGAGGGUCUGCUUCAACCACAAGUGUCUGCCCCUUCAGGAGUUCAACUUCAGCACCUGCCCUGGAACCACCGAGAAGACCAUCUGUUCUGGACACGGGAUUUGUAGUAACGAGCUGAAGUGUGUGUGUCACUUGGGUUGGACUGGAGACGAUUGUAACUCCACGUCUCCUCUCAGCUACCUGGUGGUUGGACCCACCGCCUCUGUAUCAGGUAUCACCAGUACUAACAUCAUCAUCGGGGCCAUCGCUGGCUCCAUUCUGUUCCUGGCUCUCAUCCUGGCCAUCACCGCCUGGGGAUACAAGAGCUACAGACAGCGGUGCUACGUUGAGUCAGAGGUUCACAGAAGAUUCUGCAGGCAAAUGCCUCCGGGUGACUAUGUGAAGAAACCCGGGGAUGCAGACUCGUUCUACAGUGACCUGGCCCCUGGGGUCAGCACCAACUCAGGCUGUAGCUCCAAGAAGAGGUCUGGCUGUCUGUCUAACCUGCAGAUAUACACGCUCUCUUUCCCCCCCUCCAUCGCCUCCAUCUCACAAAACAUCUCUCUGUUUGCAUUCAGGUCUAACGGUCUUUCCCACUCGUGGAGCGAGCGAAUCCCUGACGCCAAACACAUCUCUGACAUUUGUGAGAACGGACGACCCAGGAGCAACUCAUGGCAAGGAAAUCUGAGUGGAAAUCGCAAGAAGUCGAAAGGGAAGAAGUUCCGUCCUCGCUCCAACUCUACAGAGUAUUUAACCCCUCGCUUCCAAACAGAGCAUUAUGAUGUAACUAAGUGGGUAGAAGAUGUGAAUAAAAACAGUGAAGGACCCUACCUUAGGACACUCUCCCCGGCGAAGUCGCCCACCUCCUCCACGGGGUCCAUUGCAUCCAGCCGGAGGUACCCUUACCCCAUGCCCCCCCUCCCCGACGACCAGAAGAAGGCCAACAGGCAGAGUGCCAGGCUGUGGGAGACUUCAAUAUAACUCCUGUUAUCUACUCUGCAAAACUACUUAAGAACUACAUUUUCGUCCACUUUUCUAUGAAUUAAAAAAUACAAAGAAAAACAAAAUUGAAACAAAAUGACGAAAAAAGUGAGUAACUGGUAUGAGCGGAAAAGAGAAGCAGAGGAAGAUGAAGAGGAGGAAGGUGUGAGAGUGUGUGAGAGUGUGUACGAGUUCCGUCAGACCUGACCUGCUCAGUAGGGGACGCUAAAGUGGGCCAUCUGUCAUUCCUACACUGACAAGCCAAGACAGAACGAGGCAAGACAAGAUCCCUUUCAGAUUAGUUGGAGAUCCACCAGAGAUCAGCCCUUCACUCAUUGGUGAGGAAAAAGCAAAGCUGUUGUGAUGGUAAUGGUGCAGACAGAGAGGAGAGGCCUUGUUGUGGAUGUCUCCCCCACUCCCAACACCCCAACAUCCCCCCAGCUUCCACCACACUCUUCUAGUUCCUCCCUCAAACUGUCCCAACUUACCUUACUCACCUCUCCCCCCAACCCCCCUCUAGCCCUGCCCCCAUGUAAACUCUCUCCUCUGAUUGGUGCUCCUCUCUGUUGAGGGGCGCGGACAGCUAUCAUAUCAGCAGAUUUCUUUACCAUUUUGAAGCACGAUGUUUAAUUACUGUAGAAAACUCCAACACUGUAUGCAUGAGAACCCCCUGUUAAUCAACUCUUCCUAGUGUCACAAAGAAGAAGAAGUCUGGGACGGACAGCAUGCGGGGGAUGGUGAUGUCAUACGUACUGUAGGCCUUUAAGCUUUCUUUACAUUAUAGGCUUCUUCUAUCUCUGUGAUCAGCGACUCAUUAUGAACUGUAUCACACAUUAUACUAGCCAACUGCCCCUGACAUGGCCCCUAGCCCCUAGCCCCUAGACCCUAGACCCUAGACCCUAGCCCCUAGACCCUAGCCCCUAGACCCUAGCCCCUAGACCCUAGCCCCUAGACCCUCCGUUCUCUUUCUUUCGCCGUGUCAGGUUUUCCUGAAGGAUUUGGUUAUCGUUGUAAAUAUGUACAGCUUAAAGGCAGAGUAUUGUGUGCUUUUCUUUUUUACUUACUGGGAGGUGAAUGAUGAAGGGAUGCUCCCCCUCUCCUCCUCCUGCUGUGGUUCGUGUUGUAGACAGACAGGGUCUCCGUAGGUCUUUGUAGAGACCCCGUACUUGGUUUUUCUGUCUGUUUCUCUCUUUUCAUUUCUGGCUGAACUCUCUCUCUUCUCUCCCGUGUGUCUGUGUGAACACUCCAGCUUUCUUUUUCUUCCACAGCAGAAUGUACAAACUGUGUUCUAUAUUUCCUCUUUGUGUCAUCCCUUUCUCUGAGUAAUGCACUCAGUCACAGCCCGUCAUAUUUAAGACAGUAAACUUAAGAAUGUCAUUGAUUUAUAACAUUAACUGAGCAUUUUAUCCAUUUGGAUAUUGAUAAUGAUGAAUAUAUUUUGAACUAACAUCGUCCCAUGAGCCCUUCCUCGCUACAGAGGGGAGAGAACAAGUGUUCUUUUGUAGUUUUAGAUUUGAUAUACAUGUUCAUUUGGCCAUGGUGGUUUAGAGAAGUUGGAGAAAUGUCCUGUGACUAUAAUCAUUCCACACUAUGGUCUGUGUGUACAGCAGGGACAGACUGGCCAUCUGGCAUUUUGGGCAAAUGCAAGAUGGCCUGGUCCAUUUUUUUAACACUGUGGCCUGUCUUACUUGUUUUUUGGGGUGCAAAAUGAUAAUUAUCUUGCUAAUAAUGGGGGUCUCGAGGAAAGAAAUGGGCCGUUGUGUUUAAAAUGCCAGAGCCGAUUUCUGGUCCCAGUCCGCCCCUGGUGUACAGUGUGAGACCAGACAUAACAGAUAGAUACAACUGGAACCGACAACGCCACUGAGAUCCAACUGGACGAAGUGGGAAUAACAAUGUGGAAACUGAACAUUGUGUCAGAUGAAUUUGGAAUUUGUUUGGAUAAAAUUAUUAAAAUGUGCAUUUUUGCUUUUGUUUUGUUUCCUACUGUAAGUUUGCCCUGCUGUCUGUAAAUGAAGUGUCCUGUACAGUGCUUGCUGUUUGAGAUUUAUAAGACCAACAGAAUGACAAUGGAUCUACUAGCUAGCACUCUAUUGCUGUUCUCUGGUAAUCUGUCUGUGAGGCUGUAAUACGAAAUAAGCAUGACAUUGAAAUACUUUUUCCUUGAUUGCCAAUUGCUGUUAUCUUCUUGGAAUGUCAUACCAUAAACCCCAUAUCAGUAGGGAACAGGUUUUCAACAUAAUCAACCAGGUCUCAAACAUUUUCAUGAAUGGCCCGAGUAAUCUAGUGGUUUAAAUGUGGCUUAAGAUUCAGGUUCUUACCUACGCAGAGUAGGAUAAAGUGUCCCUAGUAACUGAUCCAAGGUCAGUUUUGUAUCUUACCCCCCUGAUGGUAAAUGUUGUGAAUCGGGGAGUGGAAAGCUGAUCUUAGAUCUGUGGCUAAAGGGAAACUUAUUUGUACAGAAGUCACAACCCCCAUCCCUAGUUACUGUAUUGUCCAUAUCAGUUAAGCCUGCUGUAUGUUAACUCCGUAUGCUUAAGUUUGUGGGCACUGAUCGUUUUGAUUUUCUACUGUAUGCAUUAUGACUGCAAAGAUAUUAAGAUCACCACAAUAUCACAUUAAUAUUGCUACUGUAUGACAAGUCUCAAGUAUUUUUUUAAAAACUCUUAAGUACCUUUAUGUUCACUUCUCAGUGUUGUGUACUGCCGUUAUUCAGACAGACCAACUGCAUUGUUGUUCUUCUGUGCGUUGAGUGGAACGGAGAUAUGAUGCAGACAUUUUAGUUUUUUAAAGCACACACUCAUCUCGGACCGCUCUGGCAUGUGAAGAUCUGUACGUGUCUUCUAUGUUAUGAUGGGAUACAGCUAUGGCAACAUGGGGUGCAUUAUGCUAUAGAGAUCUGUGCAGGUGAAUGCAUGUUGACUAAAGCUCUCAUCAUCACUCGUCUUAUUUUAAUUACGAUAUGAUUGGCUGGUGCUUAGCAACUUGAGAUUUGACCAAGGGAUUCCCUAGGCCGUGGUAAUAUGAAAAUAAAGGAUCAUACUUGUCAAGCAAUAUUUUAAAUAUCAUACUGUCUUAAUUCUGACAUCUAUGAUAAUUGACCUGCAGGUCAUAGGAUUGAGGUAUAUUAGACAUUAGGAUGGUGGCAGGUGGAACCUGUCCAGGUAACAAGAUGUAACUUGUCUGAUGUGUGUUAUCUGUAUUAGUGGCUUGACUGACGUAACCCAACCGGACCCACAGAGAAACGUCCAAACGCUCACAAAGUAGGGACAGAUUCUUGAAUGUAUCAAUACAACCAAGCACCAACCACCCAGCCAUAGCCUGUGGAGAAGUAGGUUAUAUCAGGCCUCUGAACGCACCAUGAAGUCUACUGAGAAGUAGGUUAUAACAGGCCUCUGAACGCACCAUGAAGUCUACUGAGAUGUAGGUUAUAUCAGGCCUCUGAACACACCAUGAAGUCUACUGAGAUGUAGGUUAUAUCAGGCCUCUGAAUACACCAUGCAGUCCCAUCCUGCUGCAAUAUGCUCCUACUGUGACCUUAACCCUCAUAUGUACCGCUACAAAAUCUAUAUACAGUCUCAAAUGAUUGACACCCUGCAUAAAGAUAAGCAAUAAUGAUAAUUCAAAUACUGAACUAAAUUGUAUGUAACAAAACAAAAUUGGGGGAAAUGAUAUUAUUUGAUAAAAAUACUUUUGCUCAGAGAAAGAUCUAGCUCAAAAGGUUAGGGGUCAGAAUGAUUGAAACGCCAAAGGGUUCUUAUAAAGUAGUCAAAAGUUUCAUAUUCGGUCCCAUAUUCCUACAGCACACAAUGACUACACCAAGCUUGUGACUCUAAAAACUUGUUGGAUGCAACAAAAAUGUGUCAUUGCGUGCUAGGAAUAUGGGACCAAAUAUAUUUUGGACUGACUUUAUUUCUAAGAAUCUUUAGGGGGUGUCAAAUUUGACAUUCCUUUGAGAAAAAUAAGUAUUACUUGUUAAACAAUAUUUCACUGAGCAACUGUAUUGGUAUAAAUCAAUCGUUUCCCCCUUUUAAAAAAUAUAAUAUAGCUUAGUAGUUUAAUUAUUUCUUACAAUCAUUAUUGCUCAUCUUUAUGGAGGGUGUCAAUCAUUAAGACCCCACUGUAUAAUUACAGCACUUGUCUUUUACUGUAUGCUGUACAUAGACUGACAAUGCAAAAAUCAAUGCCCAUAUUUUUUUUUCUUACAAUAUCAUUCAGUAUUGUAAUAUAUUUAAUAUAAAAUAAAACUUUCAUCGAUA